ACGAGACACCUAGUCCGCCGCGAGAUCGGCGGCAGGCGAGCGCGGCCGGGGCACGACGCUCCAUGCGACCUCCGCUCGCGACAUGAGCGGCGCCCGCCCCCGCAGCGCGCCCCUGCUCCUGGCGCUCGCAGCCGCCUUUCUCCCGCAAGCCAACCAUGUCGCGGGCGCCGGUGGGGGUGGCAUGUUCGGUGAUGUCAAUAUAUCAGCCAUAUUGGAUUCCUUUAGUAUAAGUUAUGACAAAAGAGUAAGGCCUAACUAUGGAGGACCACCCGUGGAAGUGGGGGUCACCAUGUACGUGCUCUCCAUCAGCUCUCUAUCUGAAGUGAAAAUGGACUUCACGUUGGAUUUUUACUUCAGACAGUUUUGGACAGAUCCACGUCUGGCAUAUAAAAAACGACCUGGAGUGGAGACGUUAUCGGUGGGAUCCGAGUUCAUAAAAAACAUAUGGGUGCCAGACACAUUCUUUGUAAAUGAAAAGCAGUCAUAUUUCCACAUAGCAACCACUAGCAACGAAUUCAUACGUAUUCAUCAUUCAGGCUCUAUUACUAGAAGUAUCAGAUUAACUAUCACAGCAUCAUGUCCUAUGCAUCUACAAUAUUUUCCUAUGGACAGACAACUGUGUCAUAUAGAAAUUGAGAGUUUCGGCUACACCAUGCGGGACAUCCGAUACAAAUGGAACGAGGGCCCCAACUCGGUGGGCGUGUCGAGUGAAGUGUCGCUGCCGCAGUUCAAGGUCCUCGGACAUCGCCAGCGAGCCAUGGAGAUCUCCCUCACCACAGGAAAUUAUUCUCGGUUGGCAUGCGAGAUACAAUUUGUACGGUCCAUGGGAUACUACCUAAUCCAGAUAUACAUUCCGUCGGGUUUGAUCGUGAUCAUCUCGUGGGUGUCGUUCUGGCUGAACCGCAACGCCACGCCGGCGCGCGUGUCGCUCGGCGUCACCACCGUGCUCACCAUGACCACGCUCAUGUCCUCCACCAAUGCGGCGCUGCCUAAGAUCUCCUACGUCAAAUCCAUCGACGUUUACCUCGGCACCUGUUUCGUCAUGGUUUUCGCCAGUUUACUAGAAUACGCUACAGUAGGAUAUAUGGCAAAGAGAAUACAAAUGAGAAAACAAAGAUUCGUAGCCAUACAGAAAAUAGCGUCCGAAAAGAAACUGCCUGUUGAUUGCCCUCCAGUUGGUGAUCCACACACUCUCUCUAAAAUGGGGACGCUAGGGAGGUGUCCUCCGGGAAGAGCUUCGGUAAGCUGUUCGGAAGUAAGAUUCAAAGUACACGAUCCGAAAGCACAUUCAAAAGGCGGAACGUUAGAAAAUACUAUAAACGGGGGCAGGAGCGGAGCCGAAGAGGAGAACCCGGGGCCUCCGCCGCAUAUACUCCACCCCGGGAAGGAUAUAAGCAAACUGCUGGGCAUGACGCCUUCGGACAUCGACAAGUACUCGCGCAUCGUGUUCCCCGUGUGCUUCGUCUGCUUCAACCUCAUGUACUGGAUCAUCUAUCUGCACGUCUCCGACGUCGUGGCUGACGAUUUGGUUCUUCUGGAAGAGGAUAAAUAGAGGGGACGAUAUCGUUUAUCCACUUAUUUUUCCACUUUAAUCGCAUACAAUAAUAAUUUGAAACGAACCGCACUUAUUUUCGAAAUAAGUUUGAUGAAAAAUAGAACUAGAUGUAUUUAUUAACCGUACGACUUAGACACAAAAUUAGCUUACGACUUGUCGUAGACCUCGUCGAUGACAUAACUUAUUCCAAAAAAGAAUUUGUAGAUAUAACAGCACUAUCUAGUACCUAUAAUUAAUUAAAAAUAAUGAUAUUAAAAUGUACAUAAUGUGUCGAGGAUAUAUAAAAUAUGGACGUCUAAAACUAAGAUAAUAAAUCUCUUUUCUUGGAGUCUGAAGUAGUAACUAAACGACUGAACAUUUUAGAUAACAUGGACAAGACGUGUUUUAGUUUCCGUAGUGUGAAUGUCGCAUCCUCGGGUGUCGCAUUGCCGCGAGAAGACGCGCAGGCGUCGGCGCGGGCUAUGCCGGGCUACCAGUUCGAUUGUGAGACAGUUUCCUGGUGGUCAGACUCUGUACAUACUAGCUUGCCGUAUGAGUAGGUGUUUAUUAUAAGGCUUUAGAAAUAAAUAUCUUUACUAAAAAAAACCAGUAACUCAAUCAUGGACGUUCUUGGAACACAAUGUUGGUUCCACAUUUUCCAAUUUUCUUAUUAAGAUUUUGACACAGUGCAAUUUUUCGAAGUAAUUGGAAAAGUUCCUAAACUAAUAUUGAGUAGCAAAUGGUUGUAUGAAUUAAAACUAAAUCGUGAAAUUAAAGUUUCAAAUUAUUAUUAUUUUUGUGGUAAAAUGAGUGGUGUACAAUAUAAUGUAUGAAUAAAUCUGAUGCUCAAAUUUCUCCGCUUGAACAUAUUAAUUACUUAGUUGUAGUAGUUUUGUAGGUAAAAAACUUAGUUGUUUGUUUAUUCUUUGCUAUUUUCUACAUUGUUGUGAUAAUAAUAUUAGAUGUUUUCAGUUGGAAUGUAGUGCAAACCUAUCCGAUUUUAUCUAUUAAAUAUAUUUUAUUUCAUUUUAAUACGAAUUUGUAGCUACGUGUUGUAAUUUAUACCUAUGAUAAAUAUUUCAAAUCAGCAAUAGUUUAAGCUUCUCAUUGAAAAUGCAAGUCGUUUUUGACAUUGGAACUAAAUAACAAUUACAAACCGACAAUAGCUACACAAACUAUCGGAUGAUUAGUAAAAGCGUAAAUAAUGAUAAAGUGUAUUGUCACCUAAUAUUUAUAAUUGUUUAAAACAUACGAGUACCAUGUCAAAAGUCGACUGCACUUGCCAACGACUAACGCCGUUAGAUGAAGAUACAGGUAAUUUGUAAUUUGCUUGCAGUAAAUAAGUUCAUACAUAAUUACUUUAAUCAUUAUAGUUUGGCUCCAUCAGUGGUGUGCAUGCGCGAAGUUAGUAACGUUACUGUAGACCCUUCUGACUACUCCAGCAUGCGUACUCAACCUACCUCUACGCCUUUCACUUUUUUCAAACAUGAUAUGUUAUCCUUUGAAUAUUAGGCGAAACAUUUAUUCCGUUGAAGGAAUUGUUGAAAUUAUAAUACGAAUGAAUAAGAUUAAUAUAAUAGUUAUUACACGUUAAUUUUUAUAUUGACAUUGAAAUAUUUUAUAGUCUAAAGCCGUGAGAUAAUUGUUUUUGAAGAAAAGAGUUUUGCACUAAGGGAUGUUAAUUGAGUAUGAGUGUGUUGUUGCCCAUGUAAUUUGUCAAUAAGUUGUUAGUCUGAAACAGAAGAGUAAAUAUAACCACUUACGUCACCAAAUACUUGGUUACGAAAUAGACAUAUACUUGUCAAUACCAAUCAUUCCAUAACAUUACGUGACAUUCUGUGUAGCAGUGUAUUAUUUACCAACUAUUUAUUCGCUUCCUAGCAUGCCAAGUCUACGUGCGCUUAGUUAUGUUCCUCAAUGUUGUAGGUUAUUUUGAUUAAACAGCAAGGCAUUAGUUUUAAACAUGUUUUGGAUUCAUCGAAUUGUUCCCAUUGUUGCAUUUUUUUUCUUGUCAGAGGUAUUUUUACUUACCGAUGUUUCAAUUUUUAUUUAUUAAUUAUCUCCAUAGAAUAGGCGCACAGUAGUCUAUGCAAUGCUUUCCCCGAUUAGUUGAAAUCAGUGUAAGUAAUAUUUAGCUUGUACCUCUCGCUAAAAGUAAACUAUCGUUGCUGGAAGCAUUAGGUUGAGCAUUAGAAGUGUUGGUGGCGGGGAAGCCGAGUCGUGAUCGCGGCGGUCACGGCGCGCCGUGUCUCAGCCGCAGCGCGCCGCGCGCCGCGCGCGACGCUGCACGGCCGGCUUCCCUCCAACAACAUCUGCCGGUACCCUCGAAUAUCUGACAAGCAGGGCUCCUGUCAUCAGCUACGAAUUUGCGAGAUCGUGUUACACUUAACGGGUUCCAUUACAAGAAGUAUUAUUUUAUAUUAUAUAGCUGUUUAACUUUAACAACUGCAUAAAUUCAUAUCUAUACACCAUAUAAUAUGUAGCAAGUAACUGCCGUGUGAUCGAAAAGUAGGUAACAUUUUGAGUACAAUUGUUUUUCGAUUUUACACAUGAAGAAUAUGAAACGUUUACGGAACCCUUUAAAAUAAUCUCCGCGAGAAAGUGUAUAAUUUGAAAAUGCUAAUGUCACUUGAUUGUUUGAUGUUUACGUUGUUGUGGCGACGGCUCUCAGCGACCCGCUCGCCGUGGGGUGCCGAUCGCCGAGCGCACGCAUACGUGGAGACCUUUCAUUUAAUUGUGCGCUUCAAAGUUAGCUAGUGCCCGAUAUAUAUAACAAAACCAGAAAAUUGUAGAAACAAGAAGUAGCAUUGUACAUUUUAGUCGUCUACUAAUUAUAAAUAUAUUGUACUAAAUAGGUACGUUUUAGAUUAACUUUACUUAUAUUACAUGAAGUAUAUCAAAGGCACUCUGAUAAUAACGGCACCUCUUAAACUGUAUACUCACUUUUUAUUUAAAUGCAAACCGUUACUACAUUCUAAAUAACAAUACUUACAGAUAAUUGAUAGAUUAAGAUUUAGGUUCGCUGGUAGACGUUUGAAAGUAGGUACUAUGGCGUAGCCUCUGCUUCGUCUCUCCGAAACGAAAUUCUAAAAUAUUUGUCUAGUGAUUAGAUAUAAGUACGAGACAAAUAGUUGUAAGGAAAUGUAUCGUAGAUAUUAUUAUAUACAUAAAAACUUAUAUUAUAUACAAGAGUCACAUCCACGUUAAUACGCCACAGAUAAGGUAAAAUAAUGUAAAUCGAUGGUAGCCGUCCGUCGCCGUAGUCGGGGCGGAGGUUCCGGCCGCUGCGCGCUGGUAGCCGCUUGACUAGGCGCAGUGUGCAGCCUCACACGACACGAUGCAGAGUACAAGGGCAUUCUCCCGACAACUAGACACCUUUACUCUAGUUAUUGUACCUAUACUCUAUCCAAGUUCUAAAACAAUAAUCUACCAAGGAAUACUUGCCUAAACGUAACACAUACCUAUUGUGCAAUAUGCUAGUCAGUCAGUCGGAUAGUAAUAAGUAGGUAAACCAAUGGAUGAUAUUUUAGCAUUAUCACGACGUCGUAUGUAGGUACCUUAUAUAAUAUGAAUUGCUCAGAAAAUAAAUAGGAACACUUUGCCUCAUGUAUUUACUAAAUGAAGUGUAUAAUAUAACUCCGUGUAUAAAACUAAAACAUAGAUAACCUAAGCUCAUUGAAAAGUAUAUUUUGAUGUUAAUAACAAGAUUUUUUGAGAUUGUUCAUUUAACUAUGUAUUUGGAAAAAUAUAUUUACUGCAUAGAAUUCACUUAGGAUAUCCUGCGUUCAUUUGGGGAGUGACUGCUUAAAUGAUAUUUGUUAUUUAACUAAUAUGUUAUACUUAUAAGUUUCGUCUUAUAUCCUUUUUUUAAUAAGUAAAUGAACGCUAGGUAAUUUAAUUAAUUAACGUGUACAGUUUGCCGGUCUGCCCGAGAGGAUAGUUUAUGUGCUCAAUACGUGACGCUAGUCAAGUCAAUUUUUUAGGCUAUUGAACGAAUAAACUAUUGGUGUACACGAUAAAAAAGGGGCGACAAUAACAAAGUUAGCACUCCUCAAGUACCAGAAGUACAAAUGUUCGUGCUAGAGUCAGCCGCCUAACCGUGCCGAGCACUUCCGAGCCACCGCGUGGCGCGCCAAGUCUGAAGGGCCGGCGAGCAUGGUUGGGUGCCGGACUGUAUGAGUCUAAUUCAACGUUUCCUUCACAAGCUGAUUUAUUAAGUACGCUUCAAAAGAUAUAUCAAUAUUUUCUAAAGGGUAUUAUUAAAAGUUAAGCGAUUACUUGAUAUAUUUAAGUAAUUUUAUAUCAGUUUUGAUGGAAAAUUCAAUAGACGAAAUAGUAAAAACAAUGAAUAGUAACAAUGGUUCUAGAAAAUAGUAGAAAUCGGAAUGAAUGCUCUCGGAUGAACUUUGAAGUUUUUUUGUAUAAGUAAUUAUUUUGUGUGACUAAAAAUAAAACUCCGAUAUUGAUGGGAUUGAUUGUACUCGUGGAAUAAAUGGGAUUAUGUAGGUAAGCUGACAGUAAUGUUGCCUUUAGCGUAGGUAUCCGAAUACUAUCAACACAAGGCUAAGAUACCGAAUGAGGAACAUUCGCAACAUGCGUGGGCGUAUUUCAUUGCCAUUACCUACAUAGCAUAUUAUUAUAAUAAUAAAAUACCUAAAUUUGUUUACGCUUCUUAACAUACUUAUUAAUCAAUUUCAAUCAUCCGUAUUGUACCAACUUCCCAUUGCUGUUAUUUUCUAGCCCAUUUGCAGCUUGUAGAUGACACAUCUACUAAACAAAUAGGUUUAAUAUUAUACGAACCAAUGAUUUGAUCCUGCAAGUAAUAAAGCAAUAAAUAAUUCCGGCACCGCUAGGCCACAUGUACGGUCACGGUCUUUGAUCGGUGAUCCACGAUUAGCUCAUUUUAUACUGGACAUGUCAUAGCUUAAGUAUGAAAUAACAAAUUUAUUGUGGCCUCUAAAUGGUUGAACAAUUAAAGUCCUUGAGUGUUCUUAUACUGCGACACAAUGACCAUUGUGAUUAAUUAGAAAUAACCUAGCAGUCUAUUUCUAGAUUCAGAUGGUCUAGGGGUGCAGGUGUAUUAAGGGCGACUGAAAUGAUAGAAAUAAUUAGUCUCCAUUGCAACAUAAAUUCUAAGUA